AUGCCGCCAUUGCGCGGCCACGACUCGGCCCGCAAGUUUCAUUGCGAGGUGCAGGGAUGCUCGGCUUCCUUCGUCAAGCGUGCCCACCUGCGUAGGCACGAGAUGACGCACACGCAGAGGCGCGACUUUCACUGCCCCGGCUGCAAUCGUGCCUUUUCGCGCAACGAUAGCAUGUCCCGCCAUCUCCGUCGCAAACAUCCGCAUCUGUAUCGCGCACAUCAAAACACCUCUCUCGACCCCAGCGACGUCGACCAUCUUCAUCUGCCAAGGCUCUCGACCGUAGUAGGCAUGUCGACAACGGUCGGCAACAUGGCCUCCUCGAGCGGCACCACUUUGUCCUCUCGACCAUCGCCCUUCGAACAUCAUUCCAACAGUCCCAUGCAAAGUCGACAAGACGAUCAUCGGUCGUUCGGUACCCAACUCAUGAGGCCGGCGUCGACUUCAGACAUGUAUGCCCAUCCUGGUGUGCUACACACAUCUCAGGGCUUGGCGUCGGGUCAUUCUCGUGCCUCAGCCGCUCCUCAAUUGUCCGAGUCGCCGGGCUCAGCGCAGGCCGACACAUUCCGCCCUUACCAUCGUCCCGACUUCGCCGUCAAGGGCGAACACGAUGCCUUCGAACUGGCUGGCUUGCCCCCCGGCGUCUCUGGCGACUCGGAUGCCAUUAAUCGGUCGUAUUCGACCAGACGCCCGACCGAUGCGGAAGCUCAGAUGCCUAGAAGUGACUGGGCCCAGUAUUCAGAGACUCAAGCAGCAACCUCCAUGCCCAGCAGAAGCGGAUCUCUCGCGGCUCCUCAUUAUCGCUUCCCAUGGGAGAGGCUUGACGAGGAGAUGCCUAAUGCUGUCCCUCCGGGCCUGGAGGGAUGGCCGACAUCUGGAUCCGGUGCCGCUACCAACAGCGGCAUUGCGCAGGAUCCUUCGAGACGUGACUGCUUUCGGAUGCCUUCUUCUCAAGCAGUCUUCGAACAGGCCGCUCUGCCGCCUGGCAUUCCGUCCAUGGCGGAGGAAUCGCACUUCGAUCCCCAAGCCGCUCCGGACUUGCUUCAGUCCGAGUUCUUCACCGACGUCAUGCGGCCGCCAGGCCACGAAGAGUAUGGCGCCGGCUUCGAAACACGUGCUUUCGCAUCCCAAGCUUCUGAUCGCGUACGCGUCGAGCCGAGCCUCAACCCUUAUCAAUCAGGCUCGGGCGGAUCGUACGCUGGAUACGAUUCGCAAAUGUCCCCCCAAGCUCGAUCAGAUGCUGGCGUGGACAACAAGUUCGAGAUGCACCUCCGCAGUAUGUGCGAUGCGGCACCAGUUGUACCUCCUCCCAGCACGGGUCAGUUGGAGCAAAUCCUUACCCACCUGGGUCUCGACCUUGCGGGCAGCCAAGGCUCUAGCUCUGAGGCUGUACGAAGCAACGCUCCCCACGUUCAAGGCUCUGUCUCGGAAUCGAGUCUUUCAGCGCCGCCUAUGAUCCCGUCGCAGGACGUGGCGCGAGCAUCUUGGGACCCCGAUCGUCUCGCGCCAAUCGUGCCCAACGUCCAUCUGCAUCCUCAUUCUCAAGCAGCCUCCUCGCAGAACUCGUUCUACCUUCCAUCAUUAACCGCAUCACAGGCCGAAUACCUCGGUCCCAACGCCACUUCGCAUCGUAGGCCGCUGGACCGAUCGAUCAGCACGGCUUCUUUCCCCUUCGACAGUGGCUCUCAAGAUCGUGGUCCCCUGAUUCGAGCCCCAGGAUUCGCCGGCGCCAUGGACGAGAGCAUCCCUGAAGCUGCUGAGAACUCAGAAAGCGAUACUGCCCAACAACGUGCCGGUUCAGCAAGCACUACAGCAAAUUUCCUCAAGCCUCAUGACUCGUUCAGUUCGCGGACGGCAACCUGGGACGAAGAAGGCGGCAGGAAGGAUGCUCAAGCGGAUGCGGCGCCGCGAAACCAAACGCACGAUCCGAUGUCCGGUGCUCGAUGCUCAGGCGAGUCCGAGGAGAUGGCACAGUCACCAAAGCAUGGAAGAGAGGGGGACGAGGUCGCAGGUGAAUCUUCUAGCCAUGCCUCACUCCUCCUCGCUGAAGCCAGGCGACUUCUGGCGAGAGCAUCCAACGCGCGACUGCGUCUCUCGAUAAGCUCCCAUGGUCAGGCGGACGCUGAGAUGGAGGAAGCCACUUCGUCUCCCAACACGCAGCAUCGUGACAGCUCUGCAUCGAUUGCAACUUCGAUCUCCAGCGGAGAUCUCUUGCAACUGGUAGUGGAUCGCUUUCGCGCCUUUGCGCACCUGUGCCACGAUUUCAAGCAACCGUCGACUGCGCUGGUCGAUCAACUCAAAUCAUCGGUGCCCGAGGUGAUCAGAGACUUUAUUCCUGUCUUUCAUCCCCAGAGGAUGUAUUCGCAAAGGGCUCAUUCCACGGAGGAGAAUUUGGCCGUCCUGGCCCUCGCGUCCACUCUCAGUGGCGAUGCAGAGAUCAGAGAAGAGGGGUACCGGCUUGUUUGCUAUCUCUACGGCGUGGUCGUCCUUUCGUACAAGCAUUCCAUGCAUCUGGGAGGCAAGUCAUCUCCGACUCUGAACUGCCUCAUGCUCAUCGGCAAGCAUGGCCUGCGUCAAUCGAACCCGGAAUUCUACCUCCGAUUCGAGGAAAGCUACGGCCAUAUUCUGCAAGACCUCGCGCGACUCGAGACGCGACAGAUCCGCCGUGACGAGGCCAUGGAUCGACUGGACGUGGAUCAGAUCAAGGGCAUGCCGGACGAAGAGCUCUGUUUGACCUGGACUCGUUGGUACGAGCACGAAAGUCGGAAAAGGACCCUGCUGCUAUGCGCCAUCUCAGAUUCGCAAGCGUCGAGCUACUUUAGCCCGUUCAACAUCGACCUCGCCGCUCAUCCUGAGAGCCCACGAUGUCAGUUCUUAUUCGCUCACGUCAGUGAGCCGUGUCCCGGUCGCGUCUUUUUCUCUUGGCCACCGAAGGAAUGGGCAGCGCGCCUAGCCUGCAGUACGUCGGUGCCCUCAUCGGAAUGUGCCGAUAGCACCCAUCGAGAUGGCAGGCCCUGCUCGAUCGCUGCUCAUCUGGCGGAUAGGUUGCUGCGACCCCACACAGCUCAUGCGACUCGGCCACAGCUCUACCCUCGCUUCCGGACGUCGUUUGACUUUGGGCCCAGCAAUCAUGCUUCGUUCAAGGCGAAGCCUCUGCGGCCGAAUGGCGAAGCGUCUGCUACGAGGACUCCCAACACGAUGCCCGCUCCCAUCAUCGAGGUCGACCAUGCCUCAAGCGUGUCAGACUCAUCCAGUCGGAGGGAGUCGAUUUCAGAGGGUGACGCUAAAGAGCAGGACAAGCGUGAGCCACGCAUGGUCUCACAGCUCUACACGCUGGCCCUUCUGGAAUCGAUUCAUGGUGCCUGGAUGUCGGACACUGGGUGGUGCCAGACGGCGGCAUGGGGCGCUUCUGCAUUGCCUGAGCGGCUUGUGAUCGACGAGGAUGAUUUUGACAUGGCCAGCGCGAGCAUGGCCGAUCUUCCUGGCUGGAGAAUAGGGCGGACGCUCAAGGCCACGCAGGUUGCGCAUGCCCUGAUGAACUGGUCCGAGAUCUUCGGCGGGUGGAACGAUGUCAGCCAGGCAGAUUCGGACAACGCAGCUCCUCGGGUGGAACUCAGUUUGAACGACGACGCGCAGCAGGCAACAAUACGAUGGCAGGCCAUCUUUCUGGGUCUCUGUUCGCCUUUGCCUACGCUUUGUUUCUUCUUGCAAGAUGCUUCGCGUCUGGAUGCCAAGGAUCGGCAGCGACAUGGCAAGGUCUCGGCGCUCUUGGGCAAGUGGGUCCACUCGACCCAGUGCAGAAGGGCGCUGAUGCACGCCAGCACGAUUCUGACGAUGCUGCUCGCCACUGAGCAGCUGUCGGACCAUGCGACGAUCCGCCCGACCACAGCUCAUGCGGCGUUCAUGUCGCUGGUGGUGGUCGUCUGUGCAUACAAGUUGCUUCAAGCUGAUGCCUCCGAGUCGAGCUCGGCGUCAAAGAUGGACGAUGCGCAGCGCGAGGAGCUCGUGCCUAUGCGCCAGGUGUGGCCCAAGGUGCUUACGUCGCUUGCUCGAAGCGACAAACCGAUGCCGGCGCCAGCCUGUGUCGACCCAAAAGGAAGCCAGAGGGAAGGUGACGACGAUUGGCUUUGGGUGUCCUACUGGCAUCGCAAAUUCCAGCAUCUGGGUCUCGCGGGCAUCUUUCGAGAAGCCGAAGGCGGCCUUGGAGGAUAUGCAGACUGGCGAAUGUCAGUCUCGGGGCCGUCGAAUGGCGGCGGCUUUGUGGCGCGCGGAGCUGCGCACACGAGGCCAAGAUGGUCGAGCUUCGUGGGUGACGGGCGGUGGCCCACAUCGACGCGCGACAAUACUUCCGGACCGGCGGCCGAAGCGUUUAGCAGCCAGCGAAGGGCAUCGCAUGCGCAGCCUGACCCAGCUCAUCCUGAUCCGGACGGAGACCUGCUGCGACGGCACUUUCGGCGACUGUCUGCUGUUCCGAAUCCCAUGGCAGAAACGCGUCGAUGGGUUCUUGCCGGCUCCACACAUGGCGCUACGUUCUGCGGACUUGCGCUCUCGCCCGCCGGCAAGAGGGUCGAAGGGCAGGGCUCCGAGUCGGGAGAAAAGCGCGGUGAGGCUAUCGAGCAUCUCACCCGCGACCACCUGCGCGAAGUCGUCACGCGAAUCCAAAGCGCCAAGCUAGCGUGGUGCUUCAGCCACGAAUUCGCGAGCCUCUUGCAUGGAGCCUUGGGGCCAUCCUCGCCCGGCGACAGCGAGCAUAGCCAUACGUCGCCGCCCUCAGAAUCGUCGCCGCAGUAG